AUGUUGGUGAAACGGGCAAACGCCUGGGCAAUCAACCGUAAGGACAAGCCGUCUUUGGUCUACGGUCACGUGCAACAGCUGAACCACGACUUCGCUUUUGAGAAAGCGAGGCUGAUCGGCCAACGCAAAGAUGACCAGACUAGCGCUCGAAAGGGUCUUACGGAUGAAUCAGAGGUGCUCAAGUUUCUGCAAAACGGCACCCUAGUCGGUCUGCUCCCAGUACCGCAUCCCAUUCUUAUCCGAAAGUAUCAAUCCAACUUUGGCACUGCCGUCUGGUUCCGCACCUACAUUUGGGGCGUCAUCUACCUGCGGAACCUCGAUCCGCCCAUCUGGUACGACACGAAUGUCCGCCUGUUUGAAGUCCAGCCCAUUUAG